AUGGAUUUCUAAAAGUUAAGAGAAAUUUUACCAAAAGAUCCUUUAAUUUGGUCUUAAGAGGAUGUUUUAGAAUGGUUAAAGUUUAUAGGUCUUGAUAAAUAUGCUCCUUAAUUUAAGGAAAACACAAUUGACGGUUCUUGCUUAAACACUUUAACCAGCGAUGACUUAUAAAAUCAUCUAAAAAUUGAUAAUGCCAUCUAAAGAAAAAAAAUUUUAAACUGGAUUUCAGUUGGAAUACAAACCUACUCAUAGUAUUUAAAGACUUUUCAAGAAGAAUCAAAGCCCAAUUAAAUUGUUCUAAGUGAACUGAAUUAAAAUUCAUAAUAAAUUAUGAUGAUAGAUAAAAUAAAGGCUAAUAAUUAUAAGAAAAUGUAAAGUUUUGAAGAAACAAAUGUUUCUAAUCGUUAAUCUAUCUAAAAUUUUGCAAACGAAGACAAAUAUUUAUUUGAAAUGAACACUAACAAUGUAAAAUAAAGCUUCAAUGAUAAAUUUCAAGGAAAUGCUUACAAACAAGAUAAUUAAAGACUUAGAUUGCCAGUCUGCAACAGUAAGCUUGACUCAUCUUCAGAAGAAGACAAGGAAAACAUAGAUGAAUAUACUUAAGCAGUAGAUUAAUAAAAUUUAGAAGUAAACAAUAAUACCAGCGAAGAUUAAACUGCUUUAAAAAAUGUUCUAAUUAUUGAACCUGUUGAAGGAAUAUAAACUAAUUUCUUUUGUGUUAAGGAGGAUGGUGGUAAAAUUGGAAGACACUCCUCAAAUCAAAUUUUGAUUUUAGAAGAAUCUAUUUCAAGGUACCAUGCAGAGAUAGUUUAUCAAGAUAAAAAAUUUUUCAUAAAAGACAUUGGUUCAUCCACAGGUACAUUUAUAAAGGUGAAAGACAGAGUCCCUAUUACACUAGGGAUGCUUUUUGAAAUGGGCUCAUUUUAGUUUGAAGUUUCUGAUCUAGAUUUUGAAAAUUAAAUUAUAGAUUUAGAUAUAUUAGAAGAUUCAAAGCCAACAAACCCUAAGCAUUAUAAGUUGGAAAUAAAGAACUCAGGAGACUAACCAGGAUUUGUAUCAAUAGGUAGAAAACCAUCAAAUAAAAUAAAACUUCCUGAUGACUAACAUCUUUCAAAUGUUCAUGCUAAAAUAUACUUCAUGAAUAAUUAAUUCUUUUUAGAAGACAAUGCUUCAACAAAUGGAACUUGGAUUAGACUAAGUAAAGAAGGCUAUACAAGUGAAACCUGGGAAAUAUAAAAUAAUACAAUCAUUAAAAUUGGUUCUACUAGCAGUUAUAAUUGCAGAUUUGAUCACGAAGUUUAGAAAGAAGCAUUAAAUGAUGCUUGCUUUAUUUGCUUCUCCUAGGAUAAGGAUGCUGUUUUUCUACCUUGCAGACAUAACUCUUCAUGUAUCAAAUGCUCAAAAACCCUAUAAGUCUGUCCUAUUUGCAGAACAAAAAUAGAAGAUGUUGUAAAAAUUUUCAAAGCAUGA